UGAUGCAUGCAGUGGGGUAUACAAAGAAUUAAGACAAAUUGUCACAACAUUGCAUCAAAAUUGGAUGUCUUUAGUGCAUGGAUUGGUUUACUUUCUCCACUUAUAUAACUGUCAUACAGUGAAUUUGGAGUAAGCAAUACAUUCUUGUUUAUUAGGAUACACAAAGAGAUAUGAAAAGGAGUUUAACUGACACUUCCACUCGUAGCACAGCAGGUUGUCUGCCAGUACCUCUGUUCAAUCAGAAAAAAAGAAACAGACAGCCUCUCACUUCAAAUCCACUUAAAAAUGAGCCUUGUACCAGUUCUGGGACUCGGGCUUAUGACUUUUCUCCCACAUCAUCGGAAUUAGGCUGGGGAAUUGCAAACCCAGAAGUGGAUGAACUACAGAAAGCAGCAAACAAUGGUCAAACAGAACAUCAGAUGGCUCCUUCCCUUACGAAAUCACAAAAUGCAUCAAAGUCUAAUUCAGCAAAUACUGGAAAAAACUUGUAUGCCUUCAGGGCAGAAGAGAAGACUACCAAUACUAAAGGUUGGAACAGAAAUGUGUAUACUCCUUUAAGUAACAGAACAGAUUUAAUAUCUGAUAGUGAAAUUAUUCAAAAGUUUGAGAACAUUUCAAGUAGUUUGAAACCUAUUCAGCAGCAAAAAAACCCUGGUAACCAUAAUUCUUCUCAGCACAUCAAAACAACAGAAACAAGCCAAAUAUAUUCAUCUAAAGCACAGUGGCCAGUGAAACCUCACACUGUAUCAAGAAGUCUUCAGGAUCAUAGUCUGGCAUAUCAAUUUAACCACAAUAUGCAGCAAAAUAAAAUGAAUGAAAAACAAUUUGAUUGUGUUCAAGAAGACAAAAUUCAGGAAGUUUCAUCAUCUCAAUUAAAACUUAAACAGAAUUCUUUGCGAAUCAUAUCUGCAGUCAUUGAAAGUAUGAAGCACUGGAGUCAGUAUACUUACAAAACUGCACUAUUAUUUGAGGUUUUAGGCACACUCGAUUCUGCAGUCACAACUGGAGCGUAUGGGGCAAAGAAUUUUCUUCUGAGAGAUGGAAAGGAGAGUCUGCCAUGUGUAUUUUAUGAAAUUGACCGGGACCUUCCAAGACUGAUUAGAGGUCGAGUGCACAGGUGCAUGGGAAACUAUGACACAAAAAGGAACAUUUUCAAGUGCGUCUCUGUAAGACCAGCAACUAUUCCAGAACAAAACGCCUUCCAAGAAUUUGUUAAAAUUGCAGAUGUUGAGAUGACAGCAUAUGUAAAAACAAUGAAUGAAAUUUAAAACAGUUGAAAUGGUUGUCCAAAGCUUACUUUAGUUCAUCACUACCCAUAAAGGCUGGACAUCCUGAAGCAUUUACCAAAACUAAUACUGAAAGUCUUAUUAAAUAAUUCAAAUGUUACUAGGCUGUAUUAUCCAACAAAUGUUGAUAACAAUGUUUUGAUGUUUCCACGUUACAUUUCAGAGUUUAUCUUUGCUGGUUAUCAAUGCAAUAACAGCUUUUUGUUCCUUACUUGAUUAGAGUUUAUUGAAGAAAUUCUGAAUAAAAAAUGUUGAACUUGA